AUGACCUUUGAUGCAUCGCUGGGGAGCACCCCGGACGUCAUCUCCAUCGACAGGCCCAUUUUGACGCCGAGCCAGGAGCAGGAGAAAUGGCUUGGGGAGGCCGUGCAGGCGGUGAAGGAGAAUGCAGCUCGCAUGAAGACGUACAUCCGUCAGCGUGAUUUCACUCAAGUCCUGCGCAACGCCUCACAGAUGUUGUUGGAGCUUCGUACAGGCAUGUUGACUCCGCAGCACUACUAUGAACUCUACAUAAAGGUGUUUGACGAGAUACAGCACCUGGAGCAGUAUAUUGAUGAGGAGCACAGCCGCGGGCGUUCUCUGGACGAGAUGUACGAGGUGGUGCAACAUACCGGCAACAUUGUCCCACGUUUGUACCUCCUCAUCGUCGUUGGCUCGGUGUAUGCCAAGUCCGGAGAAGAGCCUGUCGUUGAGAUUGUUCGGGAUUUGGUGGAGAUGUGUAAAGGGGUACAGCACCCCACAAGGGGGCUUUUUCUACGUCACUUUUUCUUGACAAUGAUGAAGAACAAGCUGCCUGGCGACAGCGGCCGUGGAAUCGUGAACAGCCUGGAAGCUGAUGGCGGCACGGUGGAGGACACAGCCAAGCUCAUUCUGCAGAACUUCAGAGAGAUGAAUUGGUUGCUGGUCCGCAUCGAGGCGAAGGCGCCACCGCGGUCCAUAGAGCUUCAGAGUCAGCUGCAGCAGAAGCAAAAGGACCGCAAGGAGCUGUGCGUGCUGGUUGGCAUGAACAUUGUGCGUAUCUCGCAGCUAGAGGGGGUGGAGCGCCAGGCGUACAAGAGCAGCAUCCUGCCGCGCUUGCUGAGCAUUAUUGUGAAGUACCGCGAGCCCCUGGUGCAGCAGUACCUGCUGGAGGUUAUCGUGCAGGUAUUCCCAGAUGAGUUUCACCUUUUCACCCUUGAUGAACUGCUCGGUGCCCUCGAGGAUGUCUCCUCUGGGGUAGACGUGUGCGCCACACUGGCCUCCCUCAUGGAGCGACUUGGCAACUACGCGACCUCGCUGCAGGAGGGUCUCGCGGAGGUGAGUGGCCGCAAGGAGGAGAAGCUCCUGCAGACGAUGUUUGACGUGUUUAAGGCGCGCCUCGACGCCAUGCUGGCCGCAAGCGAGGCGAGAAAUAACAGGAGCAUGCCUGACAGUGGUCUUAGAAGUGGUGGAAACAGCGGCAGUGGGGGCGGUUACCCAAAGCAUCCCUUCACACUCACCGCGUACGUGCGGGCGAUGAUAAGCCUCGUUCGUCUGACGCUGAGGGUGGACAAGGCGGCUGCCGUGGAGCACAUUGGUGCCGUUUUUACCGCCGUGGCAGGGCAACUCACCAUCCCGCUAAAGGAGUCUAUGGCGAUGGCGAUCGAACGCAUGAUUGUGCACGUGAUUGAGACGCUAAAGAACCCUAAUGUCGUCCUCAGCAUUGUUGGCCUGGAGGUUAUGAUGCAGAAGCUGUCGUUUGCCUCACGACGGGUGGUGGCGCUCAAGUUCUGCAUGGUCAGCGGGCAGUCCACGUCACACCGUAUCCGGACGCUGGAGUUAUGUGCGCGGCUCUUUGAGCUCCUUGCCCCGCUGCUGCAGGAUGAGCCAGACGUACCUGUUCAACGCCAUGUCGUGGGGGAUUCUCGUGAGGAGCAGAACCUCGUAUGUUGCGUACUGCACCUACUACAGUCUGACGACGUCGCCACGCAGCUGAAGAUGCUGAAUGGUGUACGGAAGCUACUGGGGCAAGGCGGGCCGGGACGCAUUGCCGCAACGCUGCCGACAUUGGUGUCACUUUAUAUCCGUCUUGCGCUCCGCAUAGCAAACACGGUGAAUGUAGAGGGGAAUGGCAAUACCGACACCUUGGACGUCGAGGGUGGCACCGCGGCAAAACGGCGGGUGCCAUGCACCAAACCCUUUCAGAUCAUUCACUCCGGUGACGGGAAAGGCAUUCUUGAGAUGCUUGCCGAUGAGGAGCCGGCGGAAAGCUUUCAUCUCUACCUCACCAGUGCCAACGCCGCGGACACGUGUGGUCUGCCCGAUGUCGCAUACGAGCUUUACGUCAAUGCUUUUCAGCUUUACGAAGAGAACGCCGCCGAUACACGGGAGCAGAUUGAGAUGGUGACAUGUCUUAUCUCCUCCCUGUGCAGCCUGCGCUCCAUCACCGAGGAGAACUACGAGCUACUCGCCACCAAAGUCUGCCAGUACAGCUCCAAGAUGGUGCGAAAGGUGGAUCGGAGUCGCGUGGUUGCGCUCUGCGCGAACCUCUUCUGGAAGAGUGCCCUCUCCGAGGAGAGCCACCACCGGGUGCUCGAGUGCCUCCAGCGCUCGCUGAAGAUUGCAGACCACGUGCCGGAGACGCAGCGACUCGCGCUCUUCGUUGAACUGCUGAACCAGCUGCUGCACUACUAUGCCACGGAUGCGCCCGGGGUGACGGUGAAGAACAUCUCCACCCUCAUCGACCUCGUGCAGGAGGCGACGAACAGCUGCAAUACGGCCAGCACGAGCGACCCUGACGGCACCGGUAGCCGCGAGGUGGAUGACGUGGAGGAUAAAAACGCAAGCCACACGUCGGACGGUGGCUCCGAAAAAGAGGUGUACGCUGCGGCUCGCACAUUCUACCGCAACACGACACGUUACAUCCGAUCGCGGCAACAGGUGGAUGAACGCUGGAAGGAAAUUGAUGUGUAG